CUUUCAGUGGCGUUCGUCAUUUUUAGCGCCACUUGUCACCGCCAGACGCCACCCAGUGCGGCCCGAUCAUGUUUAAAUCGUGUUUUAUUUAUAUGUGCGGAUUAUUUUCGUUUUUAAUUCUCAUUCUGGGCAUCGCGCUGACAUUGUCUAGUGUUUUUCCCAAACUAGUGGACUCCGUGGCCGAAAAGGAAAUAGUAUUGAAGAAUGGCACUGAUGCCUUCGAUGCUUGGGCGGAUCCACCGGCACCGAUCUACAUGCAGUUUUAUUUUUUCAACCUGACCAAUCCAUUGGAGGUGCUGGAUGGAGACCGGCCUGCUGUGCUGGAGAUUGGACCAUACACUUACAGAGAGUACCGACCUAUGGAAGAAGUCACCUUUCAGGAUAAUGACACUAAAGUUGCAGCGGUCAACACAAAAACAUACAUAUUCCAACCUAACAUGUCACGGGGUCCGGAGAGUGACCUCAUCAGGACUGUCAGCAUCCCUGCCAUGACGGUGAUGGAGCGCUUCAAGGAUGACGCUUUUUAUGCCAACGUGAUCUCGGCGUACAUGAAGGAAAAACAAAUAGGCCUGUUCACCACUCGGACAGUGGGAGAGCUCCUGUGGAAAUACGAAGACCCUCUCCUGAAAUUCCUUAACACUUUCAAACCUGACAUAGAUCCUAAUUUUGGACUCUUCUAUAAGAGCAACGCCAGCAAUGACGGAGACUAUGUGUUCCUCACAGGCCAGCAGGGCUACAAAGACUUUGCUCGAGUGGAUACUUGGAACAAUCAAAGCACGCUGAAUUGGUGGACGUCUGAUGAGUGCAACAUGAUCAACGGAACCAACGGCGCCUCUUUCCAUCCUGUCGUCACUAAGGAUGAAAUACUCUACAUGUUCUCCUCGGACCUGUGCAGGUCUUUGUACGCUCUGUUUGAGAAGGACGUGACGGUGAAACGAAUCCCCGGCUAUCGCUUCACUCCCCCCAGCCAGGUGUUCGCCAACUCUUCAGUGAACCCAUCCAACACGGGCUUCUGCGUCCCCGCCGGCAACUGCCUCGGCUCGGGCGUCCUUAACGUCGCGCCGUGCAAACAAGGUGCUCCCAUCAUCAUGUCCUCACCGCACUUCUACCAGGGCGAUGAGAAAUUUGUGCAGGCAGUAUUCGGCAUGAGACCCAAGAAGGAGUAUCACCAAACCUUUAUCGAUAUCAAUCCGCUCACCGGAGUCAUCCUGCAAGCUGCCAAACGUCUCCAGGUCAACGUCUUUGUGGAGAAAAUGGACAGAUUCAGCCAAACAGGAAACGUAAACUCGGUGAUCUUCCCUGUCCUCCACCUGAAUGAGAGCGUCGUCAUCGAUGAUUCAUCGGUGGCCAAGCUGAACGCUGUGCUGAUGGAGCAGAAUGUGCUGAUCAACAUUCCUUUCAUACUGAUGGGGAUUGGCAUCCUCCUGGGCGGAGUCUUCAUGCUGCUGGUGUGUCGCCACAAGAUGCCCGAGAGUACCUCUGCAGAACGGCAGCCGCUACUUGCGUCUUAAACAGGAAGUGGCAGGCAGCACAGCGACAGGUUUUCCCAUCGUACCUAACCCAAGUGUUCCGUGAAUCGGCAUCUUAUCAGGUUUGCUUUUGUGUUAUUCUCGGUCGACUCAACCGAGAACUACUGAACUAAUCGAACCUCCGUGCAAUCUUAAUGACGACGUGUAUUUUUAUUUUUUAACUUGAGCCUUCUCACUUCUGCAAUGUAGACUUUUUACAGUCAAGUGUUAGAACUGCCACCCCACAAAGUGAGUGCCAGCCAUCAAACUGCGUUAAAAAAAGUAUUUUUUAAUGCACAGAAAAUGGCAAGUGAACUACAGUUCAGUGAUCCUGGAAUAAUAAUAUUGCACACUAA